GUGUGAGAGAGAAGUGAAAGGAAGAACGGACUUGGCUUCUGCGCUCUCCUCCGCAAGGGAGUCGUUUUCUCCAGAAAAGCUGGAUAUUCUUACUUAGAAUUAUGGCAGAUAAAUUAACAAGAAUUGCUAUUGUCAACCAUGACAAAUGUAAACCUAAGAAAUGUCGGCAGGAGUGCAAAAAGAGUUGUCCUGUGGUUCGAAUGGGAAAAUUAUGCAUAGAGGUUACACCCCAGAGCAAAAUAGCAUGGAUUUCUGAAACCCUUUGUAUUGGUUGUGGUAUUUGUAUUAAGAAAUGUCCCUUUGGCGCCUUAUCAAUUGUCAAUUUACCAAGCAAUUUGGAAAAAGAAACAACACAUCGAUAUUGUGCCAAUGCCUUCAAACUUCACAGGUUGCCUAUCCCUCGUCCAGGUGAAGUUUUAGGAUUAGUUGGAACUAAUGGAAUUGGAAAGUCAACUGCUCUAAAAAUUUUAGCAGGAAAGCAAAAGCCAAACCUUGGAAAGUAUGAUGAUCCACCUGAUUGGCAAGAAAUUUUGACUUACUUCCGUGGAUCCGAAUUGCAGAAUUACUUUACCAAGAUUCUAGAAGAUGACCUAAAAGCCAUUAUCAAACCUCAGUAUGUAGACCAGAUUCCCAAGGCUGCAAAGGGGACAGUGGGAUCUAUUUUGGACCGAAAGGAUGAAACAAAGACACAAGCAAUUGUAUGUCAACAGCUUGAUUUAACCCAUCUAAAAGAACGAAAUGUUGAAGAUCUUUCGGGAGGAGAGUUGCAGAGAUUUGCUUGUGCUGUCGUUUGCAUACAGAAGGCUGAUAUUUUCAUGUUUGAUGAACCUUCUAGUUACCUAGAUGUCAAGCAGCGUUUAAAGGCUGCUAUCACUAUACGAUCUCUCAUAAAUCCAGAUAGAUAUAUCAUUGUGGUGGAGCAUGAUCUAAGUGUAUUAGACUAUCUCUCUGACUUCAUCUGCUGUUUAUAUGGCGUACCAAGUGCUUACGGUGUUGUCACUAUGCCUUUUAGUGUAAGAGAAGGCAUAAACAUUUUUUUGGAUGGCUACGUUCCAACAGAAAACUUGAGAUUCAGAGAUGCAUCACUUGUUUUUAAAGUGGCUGAGACAGCAAAUGAAGAAGAAGUUAAAAAGAUGUGUAUGUAUAAAUAUCCUGGAAUGAAGAAGAAAAUGGGAGAGUUUGAGCUAGCAAUUGUAGCUGGAGAGUUUACAGAUUCUGAAAUCAUGGUGAUGCUGGGGGAGAAUGGUACUGGUAAAACCACAUUUAUCAGAAUGCUUGCUGGAAGACUUAAGCCUGAUGAAGGAGGAGAAGUACCAGUUCUCAAUGUCAGUUAUAAGCCACAGAAAAUCAGUCCCAAAUCAACUGGAAGCGUUCGACAGUUACUACAUGAAAAAAUAAGAGAUGCAUACACUCAUCCACAGUUUGUGACUGAUGUGAUGAAGCCUCUGCAAAUUGAAAACAUCAUCGAUCAAGAAGUGCAGACGUUAUCUGGUGGUGAACUGCAGCGAGUAGCUUUAGCUCUUUGUUUGGGCAAACCGGCUGAUGUCUAUUUAAUUGAUGAACCAUCUGCAUAUUUGGAUUCUGAGCAAAGAUUGAUGGCAGCUCGAGUUGUCAAACGUUUCAUACUCCAUGCUAAGAAGACAGCCUUUGUUGUGGAACACGACUUCAUUAUGGCCACCUAUCUAGCAGAUCGAGUCAUCGUCUUUGAUGGUAUUCCAUCUAAGAACACAGUCGCAAACAGUCCUCAAACUCUUUUGGCUGGCAUGAAUAAAUUUUUGUCUCAGCUUGAAAUUACAUUCAGAAGAGAUCCAAACAACUAUAGGCCAAGAAUAAACAAACUCAAUUCAAUUAAGGAUGUAGAGCAAAAGAAGAGUGGAAACUACUUUUUCUUGGAUGACUAG